GAUAUCCGAGUCCUCUGGGAAAUUAGGGUUUUCCUAGUUUCCUUAUUUAAACGGAAAUCGACAGUGCGAAUUUCGGUUCCCACAUUCAAGAAACAAAUUAAAAAAGCAAUCCAAGGAUAUUGUGCCAUCUUGAGUGUCCCAUAAAGUACAACUUUGAAAAUAAUAAGGGUGUGUAUGACCCGUAAGGAACCAAGAGCUGUGAUCAGUCUCCCCAUAAAUUAGAGAGAAAAAUACGAGAAGAAUCACAUAUCAUCCUAAUGCCUAAGUGACCAUACUUCAUCACAAGGUCCACAUACAUCAUCUCAAUAUUUCUGCUUUAUUAUGUUUUGAUAGAUGCCCAACCACAAGAAUGCACCGCACAAGCUCUCAGAGUCUCAGUUAUCAGUUGACAAAAAAAAUCUCUCAGUUAUCUGAUAACACUUUAGACCACUAAAAUAUACUCGUUCGUUUUGAAACGGUCCACAAUCUGAAUGCUUCAUAGGUAAGCUGUCGAAAACACUGUUCCUUACUAUCAUGGGGAAGGUUGAUUGGUAUACCUACCUUUACUAUUUUUCUUUUAAAGAUAGCCCUUCUAUGGUGUUCCGUAAUAAAACGUAUCCUUGACCUUCGCAAAUAUCUUGUUAAUUGACAUCCAUUAUUUGUUUUUUUGUGGCCACGUACAGUUUCAUAAUAUUAUUAAAUAAACAUUAAAUUAUAUAAUUACUAUCUAAAAAUAUAUAGUAAUAGUCACUAAAUCAAAAUUAUCUGUUAAACCCUUAUAAAAAUAUUUUAAUUAAUAUACAUAGUAAAUCAUAUAAAUGUAGGAACUAAACUAAAAUCUACAGUAACAUCAUAAUUUCAAAUAACUUAAAAGAAAAAUCUGACAACAUUUAAUUGUGUUUAUUUUAACUUUGACUAAUGAUUUAAAAGUUAGGCACGUGAUUUCUAAGUAAAGGAUGUUAAUUUGGUUUCGCAUAAAAAGAUGGGGGCACAUACUUAUAUUUUGCUUUCUCUCUUUGGAGCGACGAAUUUUCAGAGCACGUUCUAGUUGGUGAUGUGUUAUUUGAUACUUAUUAAAUGUUUUUUAUUUUUUUUUCUCUUUUUUACCAAAACUUUUUUUCUUUUAAUCAGAAAUAUUCUUAAAUAUUGGUUUAUCUAGUAAACGUAGGUAGAUCUGCAAAUAGUAGAUAUGAUGGGUCAACAAUAUGGGUCAAUAUUACAUUUCUAUAUAAUCGUACCUCAACUUCAUGGUAUUGUGACCAAAAACAAAAAUAUUUUGUUCGUGCCUGAGUUUCUCUUAAAUGGACUCCAAGUGCGUCCAAUUUUUCCAGAACAAGACGAUUCUCGUCACCGGUGUUCCUGGUUUCCUUGCCAAAGUGUUUUUGGAGAAAAUAUUGAGGGUACAACCAGACGUGAAGAGGCUUUACCUUCUCUUGAGAUCAUCAGACAAUGAAUCCGCCAUGGAACGGUUUCGCACUGAGGUUUUGGAAAAAGAUCUUUUUAGAGUGUUGAGGAACGAUUUAGGUGAUGCAAAUUUAAAAAAUUUAGUGUUAAAAAAAGUUGCCCCGAUUCCGGGUGAUAUUUCUGUUGUCAAUCUGGGAGUGAAGGACUCUGAUCUCUUACAACAUAUGUGGAAUGAGAUAGAAAUCAUUGUAAAUGUUGCUGCCACAACGAACUUCGAUGAAAGAUAUGAUGUUGGUCUUAGCAUCAAUACAUUUGGACCGCUCAAUGUCCUCAACUUUGCCAAGAAAUGUGUUAAAGGACAGUUGCUUCUCCAUGUCUCCACCGCGUAUGUUUGUGGAGAAAAGCCUGGAAUCUUACCAGAGAAAACAUUCAAAAUGGGAGAAACGUUGAACUCUAAUGGAAAAUUAGUUAUUGAAACUGAAAUGGAGCUAAUGAAGCAGAAGCUGAAAGAACUGCAGAAACAAGAAUGUUCCGAAGAAGAGAUUGCACAGUCCAUGAAAGAUCUUGGAAUGUCAAGGGCGAAGCUUCAUGGAUGGCCAAACACAUAUGUUUUUACCAAAUCAAUGGGAGAGAUGCUUCUUGGUAACCAUAGAGAAAACCUUCCUCUCGUUAUCAUCCGUCCCACGAUGAUCACUAGCACUUUUUCAGAACCGUUUCCCGGUUGGAUUGAAGGGCUAAGAACCAUAGAUAGUGUGAUUGUUGCAUAUGGCAAAGGAAGGCUUAAAUGUUUUCUUGCGGAUUCAAACUCAGUCCUUGAUCUUAUACCUGUGGACAUGGUCGCUAAUGCAAUGGUCAUGGCAGUGGCAAUACACGCCGGGAAGUCAGGCUCUCAGGACGUGUACCAUGUCGGCUCCUCUUCUAAGAAUCCGAUAACAUUCGGAAAGCUUCACGACCUCGCGGCUCGUUAUUUUACUAAAAGCCCUCUUGUUGGACGAGACGGGUCACCAAUCAUAGUCUCCAAAGGAACGAUCUUGUCCACUAUGUCUCAGUUCAGCUUCUACAUGACCCUUCGUUACAAGCUACCUUUGCAGAUGUUGCGAUUGAUAAACAUAGUUUAUCCAUGGUGGAAUGGAAAUAAAUACAAAGACAUUGACCGCAAAAUAAAUCUGGCGAUGCGGCUUGUCGACCUCUAUCGACCUUAUGUGUUGUUUAAGGGAAUAUUUGACGAUAUGAAUACUGAGCGAAUGAGGUUGAAAAGACAAGACAUCAAUAACCAAAUAUAUGGUUCACUUGAAUUUGACCCCAAGUCUAUUGAUUGGGAAGAUUACAUCACGAACAUUCAUAUUCCCGGCCUCAUUACUUAUGUACUACAAAAUUGAAGCUUCUAUGCAAUAAUUUCUUUUAUAUUAUACUGCGGUCGGUCCGAGCUACGCGCAUAUUAUAAAUUUCAAUUUGUUAUAUAUGAUAUUUAUGUCAUAAAUUUGUUUAUUAUUUUGCUUAUAUGUUAUAUAAUGUUUAUAAUAUAUUUUUAUUACAAUUGUAAUAGGUAAAGCUAAUAUAAUUUUUCA